GGCGGCCCCACGCUUCCGGCCCAGCGGCGGCAGCGGCGCCGACCAGGGCAGCACCCUCUGCCCCCGGGGAGGGAGAGCGAGCGGCAGCAGCGGCGCCAUGCGCCCCGCAGAGCAUACAAAGGAUAUUCUCGUGAUUUAUGAACAAGAAGCAGAAGAGUGGGCUCUGUAUUUAAAAACUCUUUUCAGACAUAUACUGAAUGAAGAAGGAAUCUUACUCUACAGUCUUAAGACAUCUUCUGUCAAGCACCUGGAGUUAUUCUCUUUAUCUCGUUAUAAAUGUAAACUGCUGAUACUAUCAUGUGGACUUCUUAAAAGCCUGAAUCAAAAGAGAGGCCAUUUUCUUGAGCAAGUUCUCAAACCUCCAGAUAACGUCGUGAUUCUACUUUGUGGGGUAGAGAAUUCAGAUGUUCUUUAUGACUUACUGACUUUAGAUGGAGGCAGCAAAGAGAUCUCCACUGAUCAAGAACCUGAGGAAUACCUCUCCAUCGUUACUGGAAUUAUUCAAUCAGGCAAACCACAGGACAAAAACCUUGAAGACUCUCUGUCUUAUGUAUAUGAAGCAGAUGAUUACCAGAAUAACACUGAUGUUAACUUGUCAAAUAUCAGAGGAGCAUCAGAAGAAGCAGAUCUUUUUUUGGACACAGAGGUAGUUUCUGAAACAUUAGAAACUAACCGGCGAUCAGCAUUGGUGCUUCCAGCUAGGAUAUCAUGUGAAAACCCUGGUGAGAUAUUCAUUUUGUUGAAAGAUGAAAUAGAUGAUGAAACUUUAGAAAUUGAAUUCAUAGCGAACAAUCAACGAAUUAGGACACAACCAGCCUCUUGGAAUCAGAAGGUCAAGUACAUGAAAGCCUUAGAUUUUCCUGCUGGCCCUGUAUAUGUAAAUGUCUGCUGCGGGGGAGUCAUUAAGGCCACAGCGCAGAUCGAAUACUAUACUGCACUAGGGGAGAUCGAGAACAUUCUCAAAAAAGUGGCUGAUCCAAUAGCUUUUGCUUGUCAGACUUUUGAGUUCUCUUCUGUAGAGAAGCUGGACAAUGUUUUGACCUUGUUACUGAAAAGCAAGAUGUCUGCUUAUGAAUUCAGCACAUUUCAAAGUGAGGAACAGCACCAUCAACAAGCUAACAGCCAUUUGGAAGAACUUCCCACUCUCCUUCACUGUGCAGCCAAAUUUGGAUUAAAGAACCUUGCUGCUCUUCUACUGAGGUGUCCCAUGGCCACACAGGCUUGCAACAUAACCAACAAAGAUGGAGACAAUCCAGCAGGUAUUGCUGGAAAGCAUGGUCACAGGGAACUACAAAAACUCAUCAGAGAUUUUUUGAUUAAUGCGGCAGAUAACUUCACCAGUUAUGAGGAGGAAGUGGAAGAGGAUGACACUUACGUCCUUAUGUUAGGCUCGGAAACUCAACCAGCCAUUACAUUAAAAGCCAAGCAGAACCCAGGGGAUCAGCAUGAAAUUGGAUCAAGAUGCCAAAGAGAAGCUGAGGUGGAUGAAGAAAACAAAGAUGAGGUGGAUGAAGAAAACAAAGAUGAUGUAGAAGAUAGUGGGGAAGAAACAGAGGCAGAACAUGAAGAAGAUAAAGUAGGGGAAGAUUCAUAUAGCUUCGAGGACAAUCCUGACAGUUUGUAUGCCAACAUAUGUGAUGUCGAUCCUGAAGAGAACAGAAGAGACUGUUUUUUCUGUAAGAGGCCACCCCUUCCUCCCCCUCGAAAUCUGCCUGGCACCCUAAGACAGCAUGAUCUGCACAAUUUAUCACAAGAGGGGAAUUUGAUGGAAGACAGAAGUGAAAGAGAACAUGGUGAUGGAGACUUAACAGCAUGCUACAGAGAAGACCAAGAUGCAUGUGAGGGAGAUGAGGAGGAGGAGGACCCAUACACUUUUGCUAAGUUGGAUGAAUCUCUGUACGAUCUGAUACUGGCUGAUAAGGAGGAGGAGAAAAGGAAAGAACGCAGGUCUUUUAUUGUGAACAGGCCUCCAGCUCCUGCCCCUCGUCCCAUAUGUUCGCCAGUCAGAGAGGAGAACACUCCCUAUAUAGUACAAGUGUUUCAGCAAAAGGCCACUAGAAUGCCCAGUGUCCAUGACAAGAUGUGCUGUGAUGUCAGGAAGCAAGCAGCACACAGAGGCCACACUGAUACGGCGACUUACAGCACUUUGAAACACACCAUCCCAGCUGAACAAGAAGCUCUGAUCCAUUUGCAGGAACAGGUGAAAAAGGGGGCAAUUUCUGUGGAUGAAGCACUUGAAAAAUUUAAACAAUGGCAGAAGGAAAAAAGCAGACCGCAAUCCGCUCAGCAGGAAAAAGUACGCCACCUUAGAGAAAACAACGUUGGAAACAGACUAGAAAAGGAAAAUCUGAAUGUUCAUAAGGAAAGCAGACCAGAGAGCAUUCAUUUUAGAGACCUGUUAUACUACACGCCAUUUAAUAAAGUGUCUCCAAUUAGAAACCCAACAGACAAGGAACAGAUGCCUAAUUAACAGAGGUGCUGAAUUUCUCCGUUUACCGGUGUCUGCAAGAACAGUCCGCGCUGAGCAGCUCCAAAAGCCGGACUUAGAGUUUCUUCUUCAGUUUUCUUUCCUUCAGAUGAGUUUAGGACCUGAUAGGGAUACUGAAACUUUCAAAAUUAAAGUUUAUAUUUUAAAAUAUGAAUAGCAUUUGCAUUAUUAGAGUUAUGAAAGGGACUUAAAUAACAUUAGUUUACAAUGACAAAAUGAUACAACAUAUCUCUAAAGACAAAUGUAAGAAAGGACCUGUUAGUCAACGGUUAUUUUGCAAGGUGACUCAGUUUGCUUCUCCAGCUUCUCCAAGUCUGGGAAUGAUGCGUUAUACUGUCAAGAAACUGAAAACAGAUGAUCUUCAAUGAGGUCCUCUAUGCCACCCUUCUAUACGAAGAGGAAGGUAGUUGCUCCCUGUGAGAAUUGCAUCCACUGGAGCCAUUUCCCUGCUGCUCGCUGGAGCACAGUGCCCAAGUGUGCCGCAGGACUGAGCUGUUGCUCAGUUUCCUUAAUAUUUUGCCACCAUUUCUACCAGGACAAGUAUAGCAGAGAAUUGUGGUAUGGCAAAAGGAAAAGGGAAGGAUAAAGAAAGUGCCUGCCCACAGGAAAUAAGUGGCAGAGAAACAAGAAAGAAAGUCACAAGAAAUCUCUUUCAGCUGAGAUUAUGUUUUAGGGAACGGCAACACAACCAGGACAGGGAGAAUACCUGAGUAUGACUCUCUUCCCACACAAACACCAGUGUUUCUAUUAGGGUUCCACAGGUACAGUGGGGGACGGUUUAUACAGAUCAUAAAUUGUGUUUAGGUUUUGUGAGAUACUAGGACAGCUCUAUAACCAUUAUCCUGUCAGGAUCUCAUUUCCACUGCCAGAGGCCUAGGGUGAGUUUGGAGAACUUGCUUGCAAGUGUCUUACCAGAACAAGGCUGUAGAAAGUUAGUAUCUGCUACAAAAAUGUUUCAACUCCUGCUGUUUGCUCUGCAGGCCCUCUUUCCCCGGUCACAGUCAGUGGUGUACCACCUAAAAGGUUUUUCCUUCUGGUCUACUUUUUCCCAGGUUUUGGAUAAGAAAUGAACACCGAAGGGAGAAUGGUGUUUUUUCCUCCUCCCUACCAUCUUGCCCAGAAAAGGAACAUAUGCAGAAACCUAUAAAAAAAACAACGAACACUUCUUUUCUUUUUGUCAGCCUACAU